AUGCCCCAGCUUUUUAUUUCAGUAAGUUAAACUUUAAUUUUAGAAUUCUUGUAUAUAUUAAAUUAUUAUUUCAUUUUAGCCACAAGCUCGUUCGCUUUAUGGUACAUUUGCUGAUGUUCGCACUAGACUUAAAGAAAAGUGAGUAUAUGAUUUAUAAUUAUUUUUUUAUAUUUAAAUUUUGGUUUAUUAUUUAUUUUUUAUGUUCUAGGAUCAUCAAUAGCGAUAAUGACACGCGUGUUGUCUUGGACGGAGCUGUUUUUCAGUACAUUGGGGAAUUGGAUAGUUUACUUCAACACCCUUCAGGUAUACGAAACCUCUAAAAUUUUCGGUUUCUUAUAUAAAAAUUUUAAAGAAAAUAUUCCUAUUUGAUAAAUUGAAACUUUUCCUGUAGUUUAUAAAAAAAUUUUGUUUUAGUGCGUGGUCACCGUGAUCCGACAAUGCGUACACCUAUUGUUCACGUAGUAUGUUUCUUUUUUUCUAAUAUUCCAUUAGCAAUAAAUUAUUAUAGGGGCACCGCACAGAAAUGGCGCUCUGUUGAGAAACUCUUUUUGCAGUGCAAAUUGAGCCACCUCGGGGCCGAGUUUGAAAAGUUAAGCCACGUUUUCAGUGCAAAGUUACUUCGCGGACUAGAAAUUCGGUCAGAUUGCGAACAGCGCGCCCUUUCUAUCCGGUGCCUCUAUAAUUUAAUAUAGAGCUCCAGAGCUGACAAUAUGGGCGUGGAACCUUCAAACGGAUAAAUGUAAAAAAAAACCUUCAAACGGAUAAAUGUAAAAAAACCUUCAAACGGAUAAAUGUGAUUUGCGACUUGACCAAAUUUAACGCUCUUGCGCUUAAGAAAUUCGUAAUAGCCUAUACAAUCGGUCAAUCGCAAGACAAAUGAGAAAUGAUCGGUUUUUCGUAGCUAAUCUGGCAAAAAACACAAAUUUUGCUGUUAAAAUUUGAAUUUCGCGCCAAUGCAUCGCUCUAUUGGGCGGGGCGCACUUGCGCCCAUUGUAAGCUCUGGAGACCGUGGCGCAUAAUCAUUUAAUUACUCAAUAUUGUAUUUAGCAUUCGACAACAGGAGUGCUCUUAAAGAGAAUGAAACGACAAAUCAAGGCCAUUUGUACUCUCGCUGACGUUGUUCAUAUUGGUAUGUUUCAAUAUUUUUUUUAAAUAUAUUUUUAGAAUCUUUCUAUAUUUGAUAUUUUGAUUAAUGACAUUGUUUUUUAGAUCCACCAGCAAAUGCGAAUGAGGCUGAAGUGCUAUCGAGGGCACAGCAGGUGCUCAAUCUACUUUACGACACAAUUACACCGCCUUCGUCAAGUUCUGGUUCUGAUUGCACAACUGACUCGGACUAA